AUGGGUAAUGUCGCCGGUUCUCGGAAGUUGGAUGCUGCAGCUACAAUGGCUGCCGGAAAAGUUGUAUUAUCGGACGGAAGAGUGCAAAACUUAGAGGAAGAGACGACGGUGGCUGAGAUUAUGCUGGAAAAUCCGCAACACGUGGUUGUCGAAUUUGAUCCAUCAUCCAUAUCAUUCAACAACCCCCACCGGAAAAACAAAGAUGGAAACACGGUUAAGAAGAAGCUGGCUCCUUUGCCAGCGGACAAAACACUCGAGCCGGGAAAGAUCUAUUUGGUGCUCCCCGCCAAAAGAAGCUUUGGUGGUGCAACCAAAUCAUCGUCAUCCUCAUCAUCAUCGUCAUCGACGGUGCUGACGUCAGAGGAGAUGAGGAAAAUGCUGUUUAGCGCCACGGCGAUGGUAAGGUCGUCAUUUAGCUACUAUGAAGGGAUUCUUCCUUGGUUUACUACUAGAAGUAAUAAAAAUAUUAGUCCGGCGGCGGAUGCGGUGGUUGCUGCUACGACGGUUGGAAGGUUGGAGGCGGAGAUGGAGGAGGAAGAGAGGUCGGAGUUUUUGAGCCGGCAAUUGUCGGGAAAAGGGUGGAAACCAAGCUUGGAUCCUAUCAAAGAGAAGAAAGCAAAGAAGAAAAUGCAUCAACGGUUCUUGUUUUAAAUACGAGGUCGUUUUGUUCAUAUCCUUUUCCAAGUAUUUUUGUGUGUUUUUUUGUGCUAAAAUUGUGUAAAUCGCUUCUUUUUACGUGCGUGGUGUGUCUGUACGCCGGUCACGGGAAACUCACGUGAAAUCCCAGAACCCUCUGUUUCGCUCGGCAGCUCUUGAUACUUGUAGUACUUAGUAUUUAAUUUACUAUGCAAAAGCAAAAGUCAACUUUUA